CAGCCUUUCCCGGGCACUGAGCGCUGCCCUCUGCCAUCGGCCAUCGGCCAUGUCACACUGGUGAUCUACGGCUUGUUACUGUUUCCCACUUGGGCGCCCCCAACCACUCCACAAUGACAUGAUAAGGUCGUUCAAUGCGCACCUACUGUAGCGCAGAAAACAACCAACGCCUCUUCUCGGACAAGGCCCAGUCCUUCACCUGUCAAACUCUGCCGCCCUCACCCUUCACUCUUCCUGUGCAAUCUGCCUCGACUCUCUCACUCUAUCUAUCCCUCGUUUUUGUGUAUUCACCAUCCCUACAGUCGUUAGAGGCCUCGACUCCCCUCGAACACUCUCGCUCAGACAUUCGUUAUUUAUUCAACCACGCCUAAUAAAAACAAAGGGGAUCAGCCAGCACACCAGAUCACGUCUUGGGAACGCGGACGAUGAAGACGCUCGUUCAGUGACACGACAUACGCAUCCCGGGCCACGGUCUGCUCAAAGCUUUCACCCUUGUAUCUUCCCCCUCAUCCACCGCCCUCGUUUUCCCAAAUGCCUCCUCUACGUAAAUCGGACCGCAGGAGAUCCGACCAACCACCCAUGACUGAGAUGUCGACGGUAUCGAUGCAGUCCACACUCCGACAAAGUCAAGAGUCGUUCAUUGAAAAGCCCACAACAGUCCACCCGGUAUAUGGGAGCUACAGAGAGAGCGAGUCCCUCGAUCAGCCCAGGCUGUCGCGGAGACCGGGUUUAUCAGACCUCCACAACAGAACCCUCUCAGACCUCAUGACUGAGAGCAUCGCGGACAGCUCUUUGGAGCCGCCUAAUGGAGGAUUUCCCCCCUUUGCUCCGGGUGCAGGCUCGACCUAUUCCGAGUCGCAGACGCGUAGCUCAUCUCCAUAUCCGGUACCGUCACCUUUCCGAAGUCAAGAAACAUUAAAGCCCCUGGUUCCCGACAACCCUUCGACAUACUUCAAGAAAGAUUGGGUGAAGGAGGGAUCAAUUGCCCAGCUGCAUUCGAGGGACGACAAAGAGUUCCUCUCGGGCAAAAAGAGAUGGCUGUUCCGCUGGGUAGCGCCGCUCCUGUGCUUGAUUUCUCUGUCCUUGUAUUGGUUCUACUUUGGCCUGCGUAUCGCCUUUAUCAUCGACGCCCAGCAUCACUACAAGGCCCCUUUUCCUUUGGCUUGGGUCUUCGUCGCCAUCGAAAUCUCCAUUGCGGUGCCGAUCUUCAUGCAGACCUUGUGGUCCCUAUUCAUUCUCAAGAAGCGACACCGACCAAAACUGAGACUCGUCGGCAACGACGUGCCUACCGUUGACGUCUUUAUAACAUGUUGUGGCGAGGAUGACGAUCUGGUCCUCGACACUGUUCGUGCAGCCUGUGACUUGGACUACCCGCAAGACCGAUAUCGCGUCCUCCUCCUCGACGACGGCAAGUCAGACGCGCUCAAAAACGUCCUGGAAGAGAUGCGGGAGACCUUUCCAAACGUCUACUACAUCCGUCGCCCGAAAUUUCCAGGUGUUCCCCACCAUUUCAAGGCCGGCAAUCUGAACUACGGGCUGGACGCGGUUCACAGCUUACCGGGCGGAGCCUCGGAAUUCAUGGCCGCUUUAGAUGCUGAUAUGAUACCUGAACAACAAUGGUUGAGAGCGGUGCUCCCUCAUUUGUUGAUGGAUGAGAAGAUGGGUCUCGCGUGUCCCCCGCAACUCUUUUACAACGUCCCCAAAGACGACCCUCUCUGCCAAAGCCUGGAUUUCUUCGUCCACGUCUCGGAACCAGUCAAAGAUGCGCUGGGAGUGGCAUGGUGCACAGGGUCUGGAUAUGUCGCUCGAACUGUCGCUCUAGCCCAGAUUGGCAAUUUCCCCUGCGGAUCGCUGGCAGAAGAUGUUGCAACCAGCACUCUGCUGCUUGGCUCUGGCUGGAAGACGGCUUUUGUUCACGAGGCGUUGCAGUUUGGUACUGUACCAGAAGACUACGGCGGUCAUCUCAAGCAACGUACCCGGUGGGCUAUCGGCACGGUCGAUACCGCAUUCAAACUUCGAUUCUGCCUCUGGGGUGACAAGGUCAGACAUAUGACCUUUGCCCAGCGAUCGUCCAGCUUCAUCUACGCCUUCCUCAGCUUGUUCAACAUCUUCCUCACCCUCUCCAUCUUUGCCAUGCCGAUUGUCCUCAUCGCCAACAAGCCCCUCGUGGCAUACGCAAACGACACGCAACUUCGGUGGUUGAUCCGCGCUUGUUUUGCCAAUAUGGUCUUCAACCGGCUGUGCGAGUUUGUACUCUUUAUACCAGCGGGAUAUGCCACGGGACAAAGAGGUAGCCGGUAUCAGCUUUGGAUGGCUCCGUACAUUUCCCUCACCAUCAUCCGAUCAUUUGUUCUUCCGACCUGGUUGGGUGGGCAACGACAGGCUUUCAAAGCGACCGGUUCGAUCCAGUCUGCGCUGAAUGAGCGAGAUCCAAAACGACGAGCCCCGAUGUGGCGCCGGAUCUGGACGAUUUGUGUCAAUUACAUGGCCGGCUUCCAUGUGGCAUAUGUCUAUUUCGUCCUCGUCGCGGUCACCCUGUCGUCCUACCGGACGUUCCUGACCCAACAUACUCUGAGGGGCAAGCUUGUUGGUCUCCUGACCCACGCAUUCUGGCCCCCGCUGGCGUGGUUAAUCGUAUGCUCGUCCUUUUGGAUUCCCUUCACCUAUGCUUGCGACCCUCCCAACUGCCCAGAUCGAGAAGAGCUCUUGGUGCGCGAUCCCAAAACCAAUGUCGCCCACCCGACGCCAGAGGCGAAGAAGAUUGCAUUUGCUCCACAAAGCGUGUUCUUCGAACUGGAAUACUCCGUCACCACAGCUUUCACGGCGUUAGUGUUUGUGGCGGCAUUCUUUUAUUGAGACCGAAAACAACAAAAUUAAUGAUGCAACGAGCAUGUCCAUGACUGUCGGUUUCAGGUUGCGACAGUCCAAAACUGGAUUAAUGGAAGCGGAGCUAAACACAUCCACACCGAAAGGAAGCAGCUGAGUGGAUCUUGUACAUACAUCGUGGAGGGUUGAACCUCCGACAUAGACAUACACGGCUGUCCUGGCGUUUUCAAUACGUGACGGAGGGAGGCGCUUGUUACCCGCAAGGGGUGAUCGGACUGUCUGAAUGGGCCGGCAACAAUCUUGUGCCAGGAAGGAUUUGGGUAUUGAGGUGCACGAAGGGGAUGUGCAACCUAUCUGAUACACCAUAAUGACAGUAUAAUAUGGGAAGAGGUGUGGGAACUAUGGAGUGCAGAAUCUUGUCCCAUGAGGAGGAAUGGGAAUUUUGUGCAUAGGGCAAGUGCUGUAGGAUGUAUACAAUCCUUCGCUGUGAAUAUAACCAGUUAAGAAGAAUUUGGGCUUGAUCUUAUUGCACUGGAUGAUUGUGGCUUGAGACUG